AUGUCUCAAAAACAUAUCUUCCAGCGGCCAUCCAUGGCGUGCGAGCAGGUUGUAGGAACUGCAGCAGUGGGGACGGCUGUUGCCUCUCCCGGCUCGCCAGCCCCGGCAUUCGAUGCUCUGCAACGGAUCAGCAGCCUGCGACGCUCGCUCAGUAAUGUUGUGGCGUCCAGAGCACUUUCAUUGGACCGCAGCAACACACCGAACCCGCGCAUGCCGCCUGAUACCGAUGGGUUGCAGGAAAGUACAGCCAGGCAACUGCUCGCCUCCUCGCAGCGGCGUGUCGAGGAGUUGCUGCGGGAGAAUCACAAAUUAGAGCUUCUCUGCAUGAAACAAGAAGACACCAUCAAAGAAAUACAAAUUGAAAUGACACUCAACAAGAAAAAGGAAGAUGAACCAGCGGGUAAUGUGGCGGACAAUGCACCGGGGGAGCCACCCAAUAUAAGCCAGACUCACUCCAUUUCGUACAAGUCCCGUGGGCCGGGCACGAAAAGUAAAGCAGGACGCGCGCCUGAUAAUGACGGAGGCGACAUCGCCGAAGCUCAUGAUGGAACGCACCGCAGUCCUUCCGUCCUGGCGGAAUUGGAUGAAGUGGUACAACAAUUGGUGAGUACUGCCAUCGCAUUGUUUCCAGAGCUGGAAGCCCGCGCGGAGUCUGCCUCACGUGACGGUGCUGAUGAGUGGAGUGUUGCUCGCGACAUAAUCCACUUCAUUGAAAGUCACCUUGAGGAGUGGAGUGAUCAUGCCUCGCAAGAAAAUGUGGAUAUCGGGGAAGCAAGCGCUAUGUUGUCGCAAACACUUACAAGUGUGGAAGAAGAUCAACACGAGUGGGGCAAGUCGUUAUUCGAUCUUGCUAAUAGGCUUCAGAUGGCGUGGUCGGAGCAGCGGCAUGCAAUAACGAAGAGGGACUUCCUCAUUAGUAAACUAAAAAAGAAUAUCAAAUCGCUCUCCACGGAGUUAUCUGAUGCAGUCGAGGUGCGCAUGCAAUGUGAGUGCCGUUGUGCGGAGUUGGAGGGUGCACUUUCCCGCAUGAUGGAGAACCAUGUGGAGCAUGAUGCCAACGUACAGCGGCUGCAGCAGGAGUGCAACAACCUUCGCAGUGAAACCAAUGCUCUCUUGGCUCUGGCUGGACAGGAGGGCACCGCCGCUGCCAAUUCCUCAAAUGCAGGCCGUGACCUGGACGGAAUUAGUGAUAGUGAUAUGACCAAGGCAACUGAGAAUGGUGCUCAGAGCACUACGGCAGACCGCGACGCGGAAUUGCUGCGACACGCAUUAGAACGUGUAACCAAAGAACGAGAUCAGCUGCAGGUGCAACUGGAUGUUGCAAAUGACGCGUUAAAGGGAGCGGAGUUGCGUGCGAAUGUUACGAAGGCGGAAAGGGAGGCAGUUUUCUCUAACAUCAACGAGCCACAGUGCUCUGACGUUGCGGUGGCGGCAAACCCGGCAGCCGUAGUCCGCUUCUCGCAGAAUUCGGCGGAUGAAGCCAUGAUGCCAUUGCAUGGACCGCUCCUCUCCCGCAGUUGGAAUGCGGAUGACAAAACAUGUGACACCACUGUCACCCCCAACAUUAACCUUCUACGUAUUAUUGGUGACAUCGACGCUGAUAUCUGGUCUGAGAAAAACUGCGGCGCAUCGGAGCAGGGUGGGCUCCUCUUUCAGGUUGGUUGUGCUAUUGCUCAAGACUCUGAACUUUUCGACGGCAUGCCAGAGCCGGACUUAUCCUUAACUGCGUGGAAACGCCUGCUGCUUCACAUUCAGAAUGGAUUUGGGAGUGGGCCUUUUCAUAGCGCUGACCGUGCAGCGGACAACAUGCAGUUCUUCUAUAGCCUUAUGUUCCAUUCAGGGAUGCUGGAACGUAUGACACCAGUGGAAAGGAUCGCCACCACAACGUCGGCGUUAUGCGCGAUGUAUCGGUAUGUCGUCCCCCCAAGUGAAACUCACAAGUCGUCAGAUGCCCAAUUACGUGAUGUCGCGAGUGUCUAUCCGAAUUCUCUUGAAAAAGAAAUGCUGGAAAGCUAUUGCAACUAUGAGACAAUUUGCAGGUUGAUGGGACGGUGUUACUUUAACUUUUCUGCACACUGGGAAGCGAAGGAUCGUGAUCUACUUCUCCGAACCAUGAGGGCACUCCUACUGCCUCAAGAAUCGCUGUCGCAGCUGGAAUGCCUGAUUUAUGCUGGAGAUAUCGAAAGAGCUGACGGCAUAUCCCCGCGGUUACACGCAGCCCCAGUUCGUCAUCAGUUUGUUCGCUUGUUUAUUGCGCUCGCUCAACAUGCCUUUACUAUGCGUACCGCUGCUGUGAGCAGGUACUGGGCAAGUGAAAGGUUCGGUCUUUAUCAACGCCAAACGCAGUUUAUAAAUGAGCCGAGUGUGAGGCCUGUUGAGGUUCCUUACAAUACGCGGAUGGUUGCGGAGGCACAGUUGUUGCUAAUUAAUACCACAGUGCUUCCGCUCUGCCAAACCGCGGUUCGUGUAUUUCCUAGAUUACAACCGUGUUUAGUAGCUCUUCAAGGAAAUUUGUGCAUGUGGACAUUAUGUAACUCUGAUCACGGUGACGUCCCUCCCUCCUCCAUCGCAUUACCCCCUGAAAUGAAAGUAACACCAUCGAUACCUGAAAAAAAUAUAUUAUGUAAGGACUUCGGCUUCAGACUUGUCGCAACAGAAGGUGUCACACCCGGCACAGUCACGCUGGACACCGCUGGGUUCAUAUCAACGCAGGAUGAGGUGUCAGCUCUUUACAAGGAAAAUGCCAUGCUUCGUGGUUUGCUCAACAGGCUAUUUAGCGAAAUGGACGUACCCCUGGAAUGCACGGAAAGCAGUCAGAUAAGUGGAGGUUAG